CAGCGGCCAUGGCUCACAGACCCAGCCGCUCCGCAGCACGUGGGAUCCUCCCGGACCGGGGCACGAACCCGUGUCCCCUGCAUCGGCAGGCGGACCCUCAACCACUGCGCCACCAGGGAAGCCCCUCAGCUUAUCUUUUAAAUACUAUUUAUCUUCUAGAUUGUAGCUCCACUUGUGAUUCUUAAAAUUACUGUUAACAUUUAUUUACUUACUGGGACUUCCCUGGUGGAGCAGUGGUUAAGGGGCCCAGGUUCUACCCCUGGUCAGGGAAAUAGGCCCCACAUGCAUGCUGCAACUAAGAAGCCCACGUGCCGCAACUAAGCGGGCAAGCUGCAACUAAGGAGCCCGCAAGCCGCAACUAAGGAGCCCACGAGCCGCAACUAAGGAGCCCACCUGCCGCAACUAAGACCUGGCACAACCAAGAGAUGUGAUGGAGCUGCUUGAAGAAGAUCUCACGUGCCCAAUUUGUUGCAGUCUGUUUGACGAUCCUCGAGUUUUGCCUUGCUCGCACAACUUUUGCAAAAAAUGCUUAGAAGGGAUCUUAGAGGGGAACGUGCGGAAUUCAUUGUGGAGAUCAUCUCCAUUCAAGUGCCCCACAUGCCGCAAGGAAACUUCAGCCACCGGGGUCAGUAGCCUGCAGGUUAAUUACUCCCUGAAGGGUAUUGUGGAAAAGUAUAACAAGAUCAAGAUCUCUCCCAAAAUGCCAGUGUGCAAAGGACACUUGGGGCAGCCUCUCAACAUUUUCUGCCUGACUGAUAUGCAGCUGAUUUGUGGGAUCUGUGCUACUCGUGGUGACCACACCAAGCAUGUCUUCUGUUCUAUCGAAGAUGCCUAUGCUCAGGAAAGGGAUGCCUUUGAGUCCCUCUUCCAGAGCUUUGAGACCUGGCGUCGGGGAGAUGCUCUUUCUCGCUUGGAUACCUUGGAAACUAGCAAAAGGAAAUCUCUACAGUUGCUGACUAAAGAUUCAGAUAAAGUGAAGGAGUUUUUUGAGAAGUUACAACACACAUUAGAUCAAAAGAAGAAUGAAAUCCUUUCUGACUUUGAGACCAUGAAACUUGCAGUUAUGCAGGCCUAUGACCCAGAGAUCAACAAACUCAACACCAUCUUGCAGGAACAACGAAUGGCCUUUAACAUUGCUGAGGCUUUCAAAGAUGUGUCAGAACCCAUCAUAUUUCUGCAACAGAUGCAGGAGUUCAGGGAGAAAAUAAAAGUCAUCAAGGAAACUCCUUUGCCUCCCUCUAAUUUGCCCUCAAGCCCUUUAAUGAAGAACUUUGAUACCAGUCAGUGGGAAGACAUAAAACUAGUAGAUGUGGAUAAACUUUCUUUGCCUCAAGACACCGGCACAUUCAUUAGCAAGAUUCCUUGGAACUUUUAUCUGUUAUUUGUGGUAAUCAUUCUGCUGGGCUUUCUCAUUUUCUUCAGUCCUACCAUAUUACUAGAAUGGUCUUUAUUUGAUGAAAUCACAACUUGGAAAGACAAUCUUUCAAACUUUAGUUCCUACCUGACUAAAUCAGCCGAUUUUGUAGAACAAUCAGUUUUCUACUGGGAACAGUUGGCAGAUGGGUUUUUCAUUUUCAGUGAAAGAUUAAAGAAUUUUACUUUGGUGGUGCUGAACAAUGUGGCAGAAUUUGUGUGCAAACAUAAACUGUUAUAAAAUCUGUUUGAAGUACAUAGUUCUGUGUCUUUUGUUAGAAAUUUGUCAGAAUACAGAGUGGUAGUUCAGAUUUGGUCAAGAUUCCAGUCAGAUAUUUUCCUCCACAAGUAUUCCUUUCAAAAACAAUGUCCUACACAUGUUGUUGAAAUUAGGUAGUAUAAAGAUAAAAGUGAAAUUUAAUACUGUAGUCCUGAACCCUCCUUCCUUUUUAAAGUGCUUUUGAAAUAAGCAUCCUACCCCUAAUACUGGUUGUGUUUAUGCUAUGAAAAAAGGGGAUGUGAGAGAGUACAUGAUUUAAUAUUGAUGAGGUAGUGUAAUAAUGAUUGUUCUUAAGCAUGUAAUAAAGACUACUUUUGU